AUGGCUGGUCCACCCGUCUCGUCGCUCCUGGUGGCGGUCGUGUGCCUGCUGGGCGUGGAAGGCUCGCACCCCUCCUGGGGAAGGCAGAGCGAAAGCCGGUCUGCGGCAUCCCUGGACGGGGAGCCCUGUUGGGUUAGCAAAGCCACAGCCGCGGCUCUCCCUCGGCACCCUUAUGCGAGCUACCCGCGUCCAACAGUGGGAGCAGCAGCGCCGGCGGGGCGCAGAACGGCGCCCUCGAGGCUCCGCCGCGCUGCUAGUUCCGACGGGAGCAGCGUGGAAGACACGUGGGAAGAGAGCAACGUCUUCCCGCUACGCCCGCGCGCAAAAGCCGGGCCUUCUGCCGCAGCCGCGGGUUGGGCGCCGGAUUCCGUCGCUGCGCUUUACUUCUCCGGCAGAGCCGAGCAACUGAUGUUGCGGCCGGGAGCCCUCGCCGAGUUGCCCCGCGGCGAAUUCACCAUCGAAGCUUGGGUGAAGCCCGAGGGCGGGCAGAGCAAUCCGGCGAUCAUCGCAGGUGUAUUUGACAAUUGCUCUCACAUUGGCAGCGAUAAGGGGUGGACUCUGGGCAUCCGUUCGCAGGAGAAUCCUGGGAGAAAGAACGCCCGUUUCUUCUUCUCACUCCGUACAGACCGUAUCAAGAGGUCUGCCACUAUAUUGGCAUACCACCGUUACCAGCUCCAUACAUGGAUUCACGUGGCUGCCACUUACAGUGGGAAGGAGAUGCUCCUGUAUGUCAAUGGCAAGCGGGUAGCUCGCAGCUCCCAGCAGUCUGGUGACCUUCACAGUCCCUUCAUGGCCUCUUGCCGCACUUUGAUCCUGGGAGGCAGCAACUCAGAUGGACACAACUUCCGUGGCUACCUGGCUUUGCUGGCCCUUUGGAGCAUUGCUGUGCCCCAAGAGAAACUCCAGAGGGCCUUCCUGAGAAAGUUUGAAGACAGAGAAACUUCCUUAUUGCUCAGUGCAAAGUUCAGCCGUUUGCCACAGCAGUGGGUUACAUUCAAGGAUGGAGCCUACCCACAAGUAGAGAUUAUAUAUAUACCAGAACCUCACGUUCUGUCUCCGCUUAUACCCCCACUCUGUGGACAGACUGCCUGUGAUAAUGUGGAAUUGAUAUCUCACUACAACAGCCACUGGCCCCUACGGAAUGAGAAAGUAGUGCACUAUCGUGUGGUCAAUAUCUAUGACGAUGAUGGUCUCCAUCCUAUUGUGAGUGAGGAGCAGAUUGCCCAUCAGCACCAAGUGUUGAACGAGGCCUUUGGCCGCUAUAACAUCACUUGGCAACUUAGAAUUCACAAAGUAUAUAAUUCAUUGCUCCGCUACCGUGCGAUUCUGAUGAACUGUGAGCCUGGAAAAAUUGGCAAUGAAUUUUGCAACCCUGAGUGCAAGCACCCACUGACUGGUUAUGAUGGUGGUGACUGCCGUUGGCUGGGGCGCUGCUAUGUCUGGGAGCGCCGGGAUGGGGUUUGCAACAUGGAAUGCAACAAUAUGCUGCACAAUUUUGAUGAUGGAGACUGUUGUAACCCCAAAGUAACUAACGUAAGGAAAACUUGCUUUGAUCCAGACUCUCCACAAAGGGCAUAUAUGAGCAUGAAGGAACUUAAGGAGGUCCUUCAGCUGAACAGCACACACUUCCUCAAUAUCUAUUUUGCCAGCUCUGUGCAGGAAGAGCUAGCUGGUGCUGGCACCUGGCCUUGGGACAAGGAUGCCCUCAGCCACCUGG